CCAAAACCGGGAAAGCCAGCAGCCCGGCAACAGCAGCAGCAGCACCGCCACCACCAGCCCGCAGCGCCCGCCCGCCGCCGCGGGAGAGCAACCGGCCGCCGCCAAGAGCUCCGGGACGCCCCGCCGCCCACCAGAUAGAUGUGCGGUCCCACCGCCCGCACGGCCGACGAUGAACGCGCAGCUGGCGAUGGAGAACAUCGGCGAUCUGCACGGGGUGAGCCAUGAGCCGGUGCCCGCCGCCGCCGACCUGAUGAGCGGCAGCCCCCACCACCGGAGCGCGGUGGCCCACCGCGGCAGCCACCUGCCGGCCCACCCGCGCUCCAUGGGCAUGGCGUCCAUCCUCGACGGCGGCGACUACCACCACCACCACCGGCCGCCCGAGCACGCGCUGACGGGCCCCCUGCACCCCACCAUGACCAUGGCCUGCGAGACAUCCCCCGGCAUGAGCAUGAGCAGCACCUACACCACGUUAACCCCUCUGCAGCCUCUACCUCCCAUCUCGACGGUCUCGGACAAGUUCCCUCACCACCACCACCAUCACCACCACCACCACCAUCCCCACCAGCGGAUACCGGGCAACGUGAGCGGCAGCUUCACGCUCAUGCGGGACGAGAGGGGUCUGGCGUCUAUGAACAAUCUCUACACCCCCUACCACAAGGAUGUUACCGGCAUGGGGCAGAGCCUCUCUCCGUUGUCUGGAUCGGGCUUGGGGAGCAUCCACAACUCCCAGCAAGGGCUGCCCCACUACGCUCACCCCAGUGCCACCAUGCCCGCCGAAAAAAUGCUCACCCCAAACGGAUUUGAAGCCCACCACCCUGCCAUGUUAGCCAGGCAUGGCGACCAACAUCUCACCCCCACCUCCGCUGGCAUGGUGCCUCUCAACGGGAUCCCACACCACCCCCAUGCCCACUUGAAUGCCCAGAGCCACGGGCAGAUCCUGGGCUCUGCCAGGGAGCAAAACCCUUCUGUAACUGGUUCGCAGGUCAACAGUGGAAGUAAUUCAGGGCAAAUGGAAGAAAUCAAUACCAAAGAAGUAGCUCAGAGGAUCACCACCGAGCUCAARCGGUACAGCAUCCCCCAGGCUAUCUUCGCCCAGAGGGUGCUGUGCCGCUCUCAAGGGACGCUCUCAGACCUGCUGAGGAACCCCAAGCCCUGGAGCAAGCUCAAAUCCGGCCGGGAAACCUUCCGCAGAAUGUGGAAGUGGCUCCAAGAGCCGGAGUUUCAGCGGAUGUCUGCUCUGCGGCUUGCAGCAGCCACCCCACCUGGGAAAAACCCUCGUCUUGCUGGUGCUAUCCKGGAGAGGAGGAUGGAGUUCGUGUUUCCAAUAUCCCCGUAACGAUUACUGAGACGAACUUUCUUCGAUUCGGAGCGUGUUUUACGACAAUUUGGUCGACCUGAAUCUCCGCUCAUUUGCAUAGAUCGAUACUGGAAACAACCCCUCGAUUCGGAGCCUGCUGGCAUCCCUCCCCUGGCGCUGCCGGCCCGGAAGCUCUGCCAGCCCAGGCUGCUGCAGGGCCGGGAGGGAGGGAGGCGGCCGUGCUCUGCCCAGCUGCCGGCUCCGGAGGGUCCCAUUGUUCGCUUCUGCCCCCGAACCGCCCCUUCUUCCAGCCACCUCAGCGCUGCCCUCUCAUAAACGGAUCCCGGUAAUCCCGUUAGAGAGACAAAGCCUCAUUAUUCCGCCUUCCCUUUCCGAUGAAACCCCAAAACUGGCACCUUAGAGAAACAGCUUCCCCGGGGCGAAGAGGGCUCGCAGCCCGGGGGAGUCGGGAUGAGCCGCCCGCACCCGGGGGUCCCCGCUUCCCUCGCAGCCGGGUCGGGCCGGGCCCCGCAGGGAUCUCCCCGCGUACCGGGGGCUCCGGGCCCCUUCGGGCGCUCCCCACCUGGGCGCCGGCAGCACGUGGGUAUUUGCAUAGCGCCGCGUCCCGGUCAAUGGGGGCGGUCCCGAGACCCCCGCCCCGCCCCGCGCAGYCUGCGCGCCCUUCUGCGCCCCUCCGCGCCGUGCUGCCGGCGACCGGCUGUAAAUGCAUAAAGUAUCGAUUUUAUUUUGUGCAGGUUUUAAACGUGUGAUGAUCUUACUAAGUGGUAAAAAUCUGCCCCGAUUGAUAUUGAUGUAUGAACAUCAAUUCAAAAUAACAUAAAUUACUGCAGCCGACGCAGAUUAAAUUUCACGUCCAAAUUAUAACUCACUCCCGGGCGUUUAGAGAAUUAUCAGGUAGAUAAAUACCCAGAGCUGCCUUCAUUUCUUCCCUUUCUGAUUUCCUGCAGACAACAACCGGGAGGUAGUGAGGGGGAUGGAGCCUGCUUAUUUUAGGCCUUGCGGUCUCGCCUUACACUUUAUCUUGAGUAUUUGCCCCUUCCAGCCAUCCCUGGGGGAUUCCUACCUCCCAGAUUACAGAAGCUCCUACAAAUAGAGGAAAAAUUGGUAGUUACAUGGAAGCAGGAUUGAGGUCUUGACACUUCCUGGGCUGUCUCUUGAAAUGUAAGCAGAACUGCUAAUUGCAAAGCUGACCUCUUCCAGCCUCCAUCUUAUUCAUCCCAUCUCCCUUCUCUUCUCUCUUCUCUUUUCCUUUGUCUGUCCCACUCUCUCUCUCCUCUCUAUCACUGAAUAUUUAUCUAUUUGACUGUCUCUCUGUUAGUCUUCCCUCCUUCCCCCUGCCUUCACUGACAUUUGGACAAGCUGUGAAGGGACACCGAAAAAAGAAAUACAAUUAAAAGUCCAUCCCUUCUGCAGCCUGCUGGGAUUUAAAGCUGAAUUUAUUUCAGGUUUCUUCCSUGUGUAUGAGAGGAAACAGGAGGGCAUAAAGAAGGGAAAAAAAACCCGACUUGGUCUCGUUCAGGAACAAAAAUCUGCUUCGAGUCAUUCGUUGUUGGAACAGCGACUGCCCGCCGGCCUCGCACGGGCUGCUCGCCGGUCGGGAGGAAGGGUCGGGGCCAGGGGAAACGCGGCAAAGAUACAUUUUGCGAACGGACCAGAGGAGUGUAAAGCAACCCAGGGCUCCUUAGGAUCUACUGCCGGCGGGGGAUCCUUUGCCGAGGUGUGCCUUCUGAGCUACUCGUCCCGAAGGGCCCCUCCGUGGCGGUUCCCCGAGUGGGUGUCAGCAGGGAAAGGCGCCGUGGGGAACCCGCACUCACCCGCGGCUUUCAGGAGGGGCCAGACCCAUCCCUCCAAAGCUGCUUGAUGUUUGCCUGCGACCUGACUGGUAUUUUUCAGAGCUGCACCUCUUUUCCUCCUCUUCUCUUAUCCUUUCUCCCUCCUAAUGUGAAUCUCGGCUAAGGUGAAGCCUUGGGAACCGGCGAGAAAUUCUCGCCAAAUUAACUGUAAAGAAAUCGAUGRAGUAAUCAGACCGUUUUCCACAUUAAAUAUGAAAUCUAAUGACGCCGUUUGCACCUCUCGCCCGCCGCUGCCCCCGAGCGCGCCGGGAAGGUCGGGACCGCCCCGGCCCCGGUGGCCUCAUUAGGGGCUGUUUAUUAUUUACCCUGCGGGMACUUUGCAUAAAGACAUUUGCAUCAGGGAGGCGGGGGACAUCGACCGCGGCYUUCACCGGCGACACCCCGAGCGCGGACCGGGCCCGGCGGAGAGGCCUUGUCCCUCCGGGCCCUGCUGGCCGCCUGGACGGGGAGGGCCCCGACCUGGGUCACUGCAGCUUGGGCCGUGACAGCGGCCCCUCCAGCACUGCCGGUGCGGUGCCCGGGCGGAGGCAAGGGGCCCCGUCCCGSUGUGAUCGGAAGGCGGGAGGGCAGCACCCGUGCCGCCCCCGAAGCAGUCGUGCCCGCCACCGCAGCGCCCGGUGCGCAGCCGGGGCAGCGCUGGGACGCGCUUGUUUGCCGGCCGUGUCCUUCGGCGGGAUUGAUUUACAGCUGCGUUUGCCCUUCGUUAAUGUUUGCCCAGCGGGAGGAGGAGGAGCGGGGCCUGGGUGAGCCACGUUCCUCUGCACUGGGCCUGGCCCGCCCCGCGCCCGUCCUGCCAGAGCCCUCCCAGGCUCGGCCCCUGUUUUUUUGUUCGUGCGUGCGUUCUCUCGGUUGUUUGUUUGUUUUAAUUACCCGCCSUGUGGCGGGGCGGCACCGGGGGCCGUGCCCGGUCCCACCCUCGCYUUCGUUUGAAUCAGACAGCCUCAAAACAGGGCCGCUCCCUCCCGUGGGUGCCGCGGGGCCCUGGGGGAUCACACAGCAGGGCUGUGUGCGCGAUGCCCUCCCCAACCGGCCGGGGCCAUCGCGCCGCCCGCAGCCCUCGCUCGUCGCCCCUCGGUUCCCGGGGGCUCUGCGCCAUCUACUGACCGCCRGCGGGCGGGAACGGCCCCGCGGCCCGGGCACCCCGCCCGCACCGGGCACAGGCGGCAGCUCCCCGAGUCGGGAGCGCUGCGAGCGGAGAGCCCCGCGCCGCCGCCCGACCUGGCUCCAUCCUGCCGUUC